AUGUCCCUCUUCGUCGCUUUACAGAAAUUGAUUGCCCGCGUUAUCUUUGUCGCUGUCGUUGUUAAGGACUUUCCUAGGAUGUACGAGGAAGAUGCGUUUGUUUCACUGUUGGCUAUAUUGGCUCUUGUAGCGAUCCAAAGUGGUGUGACAGAGCACGCUCACAGUUUCGCGCAUUUUUAUGGACCAGUCAAAGGACCCGGCCAUGAAAUAGUUGUCCGCGAUAAGCACGGUCAUCAUCAUGUAGAUUACGUCGCGUAUCCCAAGUAUGAGUUCUCGUAUGGUGUCGAGGAUCAUCACACUGGCGAUUUUCAUGGACAAAAAGAGCAAAGAGACGGGAAAAAGGUCAUCGGUGAGUACAUUAUCAAGGAACCAGGAGGUAAUAUCAGGACCGUGACUUACUAUGUCGAUCCGCACGGAGGAUUUUUUGCUCAUGUGCACAACUCGGGCGGUAAUAACCAUCACGGCAGUACGUACGGCGGUCAUGGACACAAAUCUCACUGA